CAACUCCCCAACCCAAGGCGCUGUCUCUGUCCGGUGUCGUCUUUCCUCCCUAUACUGGGUACACACUCAAGAGAGUCACUUUAACUUCUCCCUUCAGUUACUGACUCAGACUCAAAAUAGCAUGCCCAUUACAUUUGAAAUGUCACAUGGUUUGCUGUUAUGUCCUCCACUGUGUCCAGGAGUAUGAGCACAAGCCGGGCCAUCGAGUCAAAGUGGACUUCUCCCGGUCUGAUUGUGAAGAUGUCUACCUCCCCACUCACCAGCCCAUUGAGUGGCAGUUCCACACCCCUGAGAAGGAGAUUAGGUAUGGUACCCCCUGACAAAGACUGUGAUCACAAGAGUGUUGUGUGGCUAAAAUGCUGCCCAAAAUAAAUAGUAGCUAUUUUUGACUUUGUCUCCCUGUAUUUAGUUUUUUCCCCAUGGAAUCAUUGGAAACAGACAGAGAUAGCAGCCUACUAAAUCGCCACACAGAGGAUUCCGAAGCAUGGAGUGUGACAUUCAUUUACCCUGACUGCUCCCUUUGUGUCUGAAACUGAGCUGCCUGUCUUUGGUGGAGCCAAACCAUGUCUGAGAGAAGUUAAAACUAAAAAUACACGUUUAAAAAAAAGCUACUUUCCAGAUUAUGUGACUGCCCACCUCUGUACAGUUUACAGUGUACACAUACAGACCCUUCCAUUCAUGUGACAAACAAGCACAGGGCCUUCAUUCUAACCUCCAAUUUGACCCAUGUCAAAUACAUGCACAUGCGUGUCUCUGUGUUCUUGUCUUUGGUGUCUUUAGCCUGGGUCCAGCAUGUUGUCUUUGGUACUGCCUAAGGAGAAGUGGUCAGAUGAGUAGUGCUAUAUUUGGUUUGAAUGAUGUGUAAAUGUGCUUACGCUUACUUGCUUAUUACUGAAUAUUUGUACUGAAUAUACAAAGGAUAUAGAAAAUGUACUGAAUAUUUAUAUUGUCUGUCUAUCUCUGUCCAUAAACACCCCUGUUAUUCCCUGCUCCAGGCUGGUUUCCUCCUGCCCCUCAGUGGUGGUGUGGACACUUCCUCUACAGCCUGCGUUGUCUACCCCAUGUGUGUGCUGGUCUGCCAGGCAGUCAGAGAUGGCAACUACCAGGUGCUGGAGGAUGUUCAACGGGUAGUGAUGUGAUGUGUCCUACACCCCCCGGGACCCACGGGAGCUGUGCGGAUGCAUCUUUACCACCUGCUACAUGGCCAGUGAGAACUCCUCGGUGGGAACCCGUAACAGGGCCAAAGAGCUGGCUGCUCAGAUUGGCACGUGAGCGUCACUGGCCCCAUCAUAGUCGGGCAGUUACAGAAUAACAAAUUAGAACACAAGAAGUCUUGCAUCUGUUAUAAAUCUCACCCUGUGCUUUUCUUCGAAAGUUUUUUUUCUUCUGUGUAUUUUUCUUGUUUAUUCAGUUCACACAUGAACCUCAACAUCGACAUGGCAGUGAAAGGCAUGCUGGGAAUCUUCUCCAUGGUUACGGGAAAGUGUCCCCAGUUCCGUGCUAAUGGUGGAAGCACCAGAGAAAACCUUGCCCUACAGAAUGUGCAAGUGGGUUAAGUGUUAGGGUGCAAGGAGUACUCCAAUACAUUGUUCAGGUGAUACCUGAAACACUGCAACAAAGCAGAGACACGUUUUUUUGCAAAGUGGAAAAACAAAACAAAUCUAAGAUGAGCAGGGCUUUGGCCCUCGCUUGCACUUCUCUUUUAUUGCGCCAUUUACUUGCAUAUUCACACAGGCUCACCACAAUCCUCACACCAUCAUAUAUGACUGCUCAGUAAGGCAGACCUGACAAGCUUCCUGCGGUACUGUGUCGAACAGUUCCAGCUCACCGCAGUUGAACAGUCUGAGCUGAGAAAACAAUUGUGUGGUGUGUGAAUUUGAUGAUCCUUUAUCUACUGUUUUGGGGUGGCAGGUAGCCUAGUGGUUAGAGCAUUGGGCUAGUAACCGAGAGGUUGCUGGAUCAAAUCCCCGAGCUGACACCCACUGUUAACCCACUGUUUCCCGGCAGGCCUGUUCCACCCCGGCCCGUAUCAGGAUGAUUCUGGCCUACCUCUUUGCUCAGCUCAGUCAGUGGGCUGAGGGGAAACCUGGUGGCCUUCUAGUCCUUGGCUCAGCCAAUGUGGAUGAGAGGUUAGUGAGUACUAUAAAUUUCUGUCUCACUUAAAAGAAACUCUGUGUUGUCUGCUUCAGUCCAACAGAAAAUAACAAAAAUAGUAUGGACCCCUCUCUCGAUUUGACCUUCACCUCAAUACCCCUCUAUUCUGCUACUUCACUAAGUAAGUAUGACUGCUCAGUAAGGCAGACCUGACAAGCUUCCUGCGGUACUGUGUCGAACAGUUCCAGCUCACCGCUCUCAGAAGGCGAAGCACGCUGCUCUGCAAACCCGUCUUCUUCUCUGGGACAAUACAAAACAGUCUGUAUAAUGUCAGGAGACUCACCGUGUUGGCAACUGUCUUUAUGUCCUCUGUAGUAUCAUGGCUGCACCUCCCUCUGCAGAGCUGGAGCCCCUGACGGACGGCCAGGUGUUGCAGACUGAUGAGUCUGACAUAGGGAUGACAUACUCGGAGCUGUCUGUGAUUGGCCGGAUCAGGAAGAUUUCCAAGUGCGGCCCGUACAGCAUGUCCUGGAAACUCAUCCACACGUGGAGGGAGGCACUCUCCCCUCUACAGGGGGCAGCCAAAGUGAAACACUUCUUCCAGAUGUAUUCUGUGAACAGACACAAAAUGACAACUGUGACACCAUCCUACCACGCUGAGGGCUAUGGCCCCGAUGACAACCGCUUUGACCUCAGGCCAUUCCUCUACAACACUCGCUGGUCCUGGCAGUUCAGAGCCAUUGAUAAUCAGGUGUCCAAGAUGGAGGUUGGGAAUGACUACCACAACUAAGGUUCCUCCCAAUUCUAGAGCAACAUCGCAAAGAAGCCAUCUAAACUG